UACUGGGGCCGAUCGUGGAGCUGGGGCUAUGGCUCUGGGGCUAUUGGCUACGGAGCUACACUUGGUUGCUGGGACUAUGGGGGUGCUCAGUUCCAGUACAGCCCAAACCUGCCGCGUCGUGGAAUCCUUUAUAAUCUACUCUGUUGUUUCUACUGUAAAGAUGCUGAUAAGUUGCCAGUCAGAAAGCUACUCCCAAACAAGAAGUUUCAAGAUCGUGAAAAGAAAUGUCUGGUGAUAGAUUUAGAUGAGACUUUAGUACAUAGUUCAUUUAUGCCUUUGAGCAAUGCAGAUUUCAUUGUUCCCAUAAAGAUCAACAACACUAUACACUUGGUGUAUGUGCUGAAGCGGCCGCACGUGGAUGAGUUCUUAAAACGAGUGGGGCAGCUGUUUGAGUGUAUCCUGUUCACUGCUAGCCUCGCCAAGUACGGUGACCCUGUGGUGGAUGUGCUGGACAAAUGGAACACUUUCCGCAGCCGGCUGUUCCGGGAGGCCUGUGUGUAUCACCAGGGCAGCUACGUAAAGGACCUGAGCCUGCUGGGCCGCAAUCUAAACCGUGUCAUCAUUAUCGACAAUUCCCCAUUGUCCUAUAUCUUCCACCCGAACAACGCUAUUCCCGUCACUUCCUGGUUUGAUGACAUGUAUGACACUGAGCUCCUGGACAUUCUCCCUUUGCUCGAGAAACUCGCCGUCACUGACGACAUUUACCAAGUCCUGCAACAACACCAGGACAGCUAGUGCCUCACCGGGGCCCUGCCCUUGCCACCGCUGGCCCUUGCUAGGACACAGCAUGAUGUUUAUAAAUUAUCUACAGUUGUUGCCGUGCCAGGCUGCAGUGACACUUUGCUAUGUGUGAUUGUGGGGGGACGGGGUGGUGGUUGAGGAGGUGUGGAUGCAUCUCACUGUGUUGCUGAACUGCGGCUGCAGUUACCAAUAUCAUACAGAAAGACACUCCACGUCGCCUUUUCUUCUGAAGCUAGUGAUUCACACAUACACACGCUCACAUGCUCAGUCGCACUCACUCAUACACUUUCUCAUGCUUUCUCCCACACGCUUGCUCACUUCCUCACACUCGCUAACUCAGGAGCAGGGUUGGAUAAGGAGGUGGCAGGUUGAAGGGUGAGAUCUGCUGGGAGCCACUGAGGACUGAGAUGAUGGGCGGGUGGGGUUUGGUGUGGGGGAGGAUGUGAACAGCAGUUUAGGAUGUUUAAAGUGUAAAAAUGGUCCAUGAGGCCCAUGUCUCUUGUCACCACGGUAACUGCUGUAUUGUCAAACUGCCCUCCCUGACACGUUUCCCCCCCACACACUGCCCCGCAGGGGGCACUCUC